UGCAUUGCAUUAGGCCAAUUCUAGACCCCGCCAACACGACCCACUGCUGCACUGACAAGCCAAGCCUUUGGACGGCCGAUGCCUUUUCAAUCCCGCUGCGGCGUGAGCUCCCUUGGCUGGAGGCUGGAAGGUGGGGUUGGCUUGUUCUUGUCUCACUGCAUCUGACUGCAGCUUUCGCCGAGUAAUCUCUCUUUUCUCUUCCCUCUCCAUCCCACUUGGUGCCAUGGACGUGGACUUGCUCUUUUUUGCCCCCUUUAGUUGCCAAUACCCAUUUUGCGCCUAUCGUUAUUGUUAAAGGGACGUCUGUUGUUUGGCGACGGAAGAUGUGUGGCAGGCAUGGACGAUUAUCUGUUUGAAGCAAACGUCCGACGCUGCAAAUCAGUCACCGAGGUCACCACGUACCUCGAGAUUUUCUCGUACUCUGAUGCAUCGUAUAACAGUGUUGAAGAGCAUCCACUUACCCCUGAUGAGUUCGAGAACUACCUCCAUCGGCGGGGCGCAUUCGCUCCGCCGACACUACCUGCGGGAGUUGUGCAAUUGAGUUGUAUAAGAUUAGUUCUCCAGCAAGAAGCAAAGCACCCCGAAACGUUCACACCCCACGUUAUCAGUCUCAGACCCGAGGUUUACAAAUCGAUGGUAGUGGCGAUGAACCUGCCAUACCGAGCAAUCGAAAGCACGAGCGUCGUUGGGCCUUUUUUCUGGGCUGCUUGGGAUCAAGAUGAGAUAAAUCCACAUCUGCAAAUUGUCUUCCGGAAAAGCGAUGUUCGGAAGAAGGGAUAUACGAGGGGCUGGGAGUUAAUGCUGUCGCAUGAUGUGAAAAACGGCAUUACUACUGGAUUUGCAAAAGGAACCCCGAGCUCAGAUAUGAUGGAGUGCAUCAAGCAUCUCAAAUCUUGCGUACUGCAAGUUGGACACCCGAUGCUACUUCCUAUCAUCAUCUUCUCCCACGAUAUCUCCUACAAGACGGACAUCAAGCAACGAGACGCCCGUGAUUGGCUCCGGCGGCUCGAACAUGCUGUCAGUAUGCGGAGUGAGAUCGAAGAACGGGAAGGGUACGUGAAAGAAGGAGUCGUGGACCUCGAUGCCAUCAACAGAGACUUAGUGGAGUGUCAUUCUCAAGUGCUGUGGAAACGACCAAAGGCUUACCUGGAAAUCCUCGCCUGCAUCGAGAGAGCCUGCGACAACUUUUUCAAGAAGUUGCCAGACGAGAGGAACGACACGGAAAUGAAGAAGCUGCAGAAUAGUAUGCUUGGUCGCCUGGAGUUUUAUAGGGUGAAGUUGCAGGGCAUUGAGAGUUAUGCUUACACCACUUUGCAGCGGUUGGAGAUCCAACGGAGUGCACUCUAUAAUAUCAUAGCGCAGAAGGAAAGUAAACUCAACUUCCAAAUGGCCGGAGAACAACGCAAAAUCGCGCACUCCAGCAAACGUGACUCCGCAGCCAUGAAAUGGAUCUCUCUCAUUGGCGCUGUCUUUCUCCCUGGUGCGUAUCUCGCGUCCGUCUUCUCGAUGACCUUCUUCAACUGGGGAGACCCGUCGAAACCCGUCACGACAUCGUUCUGGAUUUAUUGGGCAAUCGAUAUUCCCGUAACGGUCGUCAUUGUUGCGGGUUGGUAUGUUUGGGAAAAGAGGAGGGAGGCCAAAUACGACCGCGAAGACGCAGAUUUGGAGAAGGGAAGUGAGGAUAUGGAGAAGGAUAUUAUGGCGACCAUGAGGAAGAGGACGAUGAGUAAGGUCAGUACGUGGGAUACGAAGAAAAAGGAGUAAAUCUACGCAGUAAGCGGUAAGGAGGAUGGUUUCGCUUGGAUUUUUAUGAUUCUGAACGAUGUGAUGAUUGACGAUGAAUGAACUUCACGAAAUAAAGAAAAUACACUGGGAUAUAUAGAAAUCUAGGGAAAUGAAAAAGCCAUUGGACUACAUAUGGAUUGCCUCGAG